CUGACCUCCUGCUGCUGCUCCUUCUCCGCCUCCUGGCCGGUUCGGCUCUCUCAGCUCUCGGCGCUCGGCCCGGUGGAGCAGUGGGUCGCUGUGCGCCCGAGCUCCUGACAGGAACUUCCUCCUCCUCCUCUCCGCUUCUCUGCCUUCACUGACUGUGAGCAGCUAAAAGCUCAAAACUCCUCCAAGUUCACUCCAAGCCACACAUCUGGAAUCAUCUGACAACAUCUGGACAGACUUGGACACUUAACGAACUUUUGGUGGAGGCUGCAGUGUCUGGAUUCCAUUGUCCUCUGUGAGGAACCGGCCGGACGCUGCCGUCUGAUUGGACGAUUGCCGCCCGGACUGUCGGCAGGGGCAGGUGGGGAUCGAGCCCUCCGGCCUGCAGGGGGCAGCAGAGCGGCGCUCGGCCGCCGGCUGGAGGAGCGGCAGCAUGAGCGACUUCUGGCACAAGAUGGGCUGCUGCAUGGCCACCAAACCACCGCCGAAGAAGAAGGGGAGGAGGAUUGAUCGCAGUAUGAUCGGCGAGCCGACAAACUUCAUCCACCUCACACACAUCGGAUCUGGAGAGAUGGCCGACGGGCUGCAGCCGUCGGGAUCCGUUCAGGAGCAGAUGAGAUCGAAAGGACCGAACAUGAACGUCAGGAGCUACUGACCACAAUGACCAGCCUCAGACCAGCUGACCUCCUCCUCCUCCUCUGCUUCCCAUCAUGCCCCUCUGCGUCUGGAGGAGGAAUCUCCCAUCAUGCCCCUCUGCGUCUGGAGGAGGAAUCUCCCAUCAUGCCCCUCUGUGUCUGGAGGAGGAUUCUCCCAUCAUGCCCCUCUGCGUCUGGAGGAGGAUUCUCCCAUCAUGCCCCUCUGCGUCUGGAGGAGGAUUCUCCCAUCAUGCCCCUCUGCGUCUGGAGGAGGAUUCUCCCAUCAUGCCCCUCUGCGUCUGGAGGAGGAAUCUCCCAUCAUGCCCCUCUGCGUCUGGAGGAGGAUUCUCCCAUCAUGCCCCUCUGCGUCUGGAGGAGGAUUCUCCCAUCAUGCCCCUCUGCGUCUGGAGGAGGAUUCUCCCAUCAUGCCCCUCUGCGUCUGGAGGAGGAUUCUCCCAUCAUGCCCCUCUGCGUCUGGAGGACUUCUGUCAGU